AUUAAAUAUAAAAAAUGUUUAGAAUUUUAACAAUUGCAAUAUGUAUAACAAUGAUAGUUGGAUCAUUCAUUAAAGACUAAUCUACAAUUAACAAUUUCGAAGUAAUUAACAUAAGAAAAAUAUGUUUAGUGUUCUGAUAUAGAAUACAGAAGACCAGAUGUAUUUUAAGUGACAGGAACAGGAUCUUUAAGUGUUGAACCAACAAUAGCUACAAUUCAUUAUGCUAUAGAAAUAUAAAAUGAAUUAGCAGAAUUGGCUUUAAAUACUGCUAAUAAAAUAUAAGCAACAUCAUUCAAGUAAUAUAUAAUUAAAAAUAAAUAGAUCCUUAUAAUCAGUAGAUACAACUAAUGGAGGAGUGAAGAUCUCUACAACUUAAUUUUAAAUGUUUCCUCAUACUGAAUAUGAUUAUUCUUAUGGAAAAAAUGAAAUCAUAUUUAAAGGAUAUAAAGUAAUUAUUUCUCAAAAAAUGGAAACAUCUAAUUUGAAUAUAGUUGGUUAAUUGAUUGAUGCUGCCAUCAAUGCUGGAGUUACUUCUAUUUAGAGUGUUUAAUUUGAUAUUAAACCAGAAUAAAAAGCUGAAUUAAAAGAUUAAAUACUUUAAUUAGCUAUUAAAGAUGCUACUCAUAAAGUAUAAAACUAUUUAUUAAUAUUAAUAGGCUUAAAUUGCUUUAAAAACUUUAGAUAUGAAAAUCCAUUCAAUAAAAAGUAUUUCUAUAGAUCAAUCAUAUGCUCCAAGACCUUCUUAUUAAAAUAAAGCAAUGCCUAUGAUGGAUACUAUGGCAUAUGGAUCAGCACCAACUGAAAUUUAUGCUCAAGAGUAAAACCUAUCGCAUUCAAUUACAGUAGGAUUCAUCAUUGUUCCUAUCGAUCAAUGA